AUCGUCAUGUCAGCGCCGAAGAAGGAAGAAGCUCCCGAAGUCUUCAGGGAAGCCAUUCUUUAUCGUGAAUGGGGCUAUCGACUGGCUAGUCUGGACAGAUACCCCAUAGCCAUAGAUUAUUUCGAAAAGGCAUCUAAAACGGCUGAGGAUCUUAGAACGUUAAUCGGUCUCUGUAGAACUCUCAUCAAACACACAAGAUACGUUGACGCGGAAAAAUUGUCGGAGAAAUGUCUAAAAAUAGAUCCCGGUCAUUACAAAGCGCGGCAGAUACGGAUGGAGACGCUUUUCCAGAUCGGUGAGUUUAGCCUCAGCCUGGUUCACGCGUACGAAGGUAUGCGACGACGAAGGUACGGAAUGACCUUCGAGCACGGCGUCUAUCUGGCGAACGAGACCAUCGAAGAUUGCAUCGGCCAAAAUACAUCGCCCGUGGCGCUUCUGCUGCUGUAUCCGUGGAUACGACGAUUGUGCGAGCACCGUGAGCGCCUGAUUGGCAAGCUUGAGGGAGAGGAAGACGAGCUAGAAGGUAUCGACGAGGAUGAGGCAAGAUUUAAAGUAAACGAUCCGGAGGUGCAGCGACAAGCGCGGAUGAACAGAUUGCAGCGUAUCAUAGUAAAAAUGGAUAUAGGUUACUUGACGAGCGAUAAGGAUUUUCUCGAGAAGAUUGUAAGCCAUCCGGAAAUCAUGGUUUCGCCUAGUAAGAGCUCGACUGCCGAGCUGCUCGCUCUCGCGAGCACGUGUCAUCGGAACGCGAUGAACCUGCGGGAAUUUCUACGGAUGAGACGACCGCUCUACAUUCUGCUCUUUCAGCGGCAGAUGCCGAAAGGGCAUAAAAUGAUGAUUGAACGCGAGCGAAAAUUGCGCAGGAAUAUCAUCGUCAUAGAAGCGAAUUUGCUGUUGCACCGCCUACACGUCGCAAGGCUCGACAAGGAUUAUCCCACCUUCUUCAAACUCGUCGAUCGUAUAAAAAAUAAAUUCGAUUCGUACUCGAACAAGAUGUUUCCGCUGAAGCAAAAGUGUCUGGACGCACUAUAUAAAAUGGUAGCGUGGGUAUAUAUCGACACGCGUAAUUUGACAUGUCUGGACAACGAGGAACUACAGAUGAGAUAUUUGAAGCAUCACUUGGGAAUACGAGUUGCAAUAUUGCCUCGAGAUAGCGAUCUUGCGUGGAUGCCGACUGUGAGUCCGAAGGAGACGCUCAAGAUAUUUCGCAGGAGAUUAGCCAUGGGAUCCGCGCCUCUCGAACUCGCCUGGCUGCAUCAUGAAUUUUGCAAGUUUCUCAUCGACAUUCAUCGCUUCGACCUGGCCAGAUUCUACGCGAAGAAGGGCCGCGACAUUGCGCAGGAAGCGGCCUGCGAGCAGUGGGUCCUGAACAUCGAUCAUCUGAUCCUGCGACUCGAGAUUCAUCAGAAUAAUCGGAACGAGGCGAGAGAAGCAGCGGUUUUAGCGCUCGCGUGCGCCAGAAAACUCGGUAUCGAUUAUCUGAUGGAUUUUUAUGAAAGGGCCAUAAAAGCGGUGGACGAGCUGGACGUGGAGCGUAUCGGCGACUUUGACGACGUCGCUGCCAGGCAGCAGCUUAUCCUCGAGCUGAUGCCGAAGGAGAUGAAAGGAGAAGUGGACUUUCUGUGGAGGCGUAUGGACGUCGUGCCUGCCGAGAGACGACUCUCCAUCAUGCCAGGCUGCAAGCCGAUCGAUCGGAAGUUUAAAAUGCCCUCCGUACGAAGGACCAUAUUGCCCAGCCCGCCGAAGGACCCGGAAAGGAACGCCAGGAUCGCUCUGCUGAAGCAGCACGCCCCGACUUACAAGCGAGCGGGCUUCGUGAAUUUCGAAGAAUUCAAAUGAUCGAGCUUCUCGUCCCGAGAAAAUGCCAAUAUUUUCGUUGCAUUGUUCGCGCGGCAUUAUUAACUACGAGGCAAAUUGUCGUCUCGAUAAUCGAGAUACAGACUCUUGCUAAUAAAAGACGAUCAACCAUUGCUAUUGUUAAUUCAUUCCAAUGGUCACUUUGCUAUUCAAAACUAUGGAUUUUGUCGAGCAAAUUGUAUAUUUACGAGUAUUUAUUUUUUCACAAGACAAUUUAUAUUUCAAGAAUCCCGUAUUUUUAAGUUCUACUCUGUUGAUUUGUAUACAACAUCAU